AUGAUCAUCAGGAGCAUCCUGUUGGCCGGCAGCUUGCUGCUGGCCAGUGCCAUUCCCGGCACCCUCGCGAAAUCCGAUGAGCCCGAGAUAAAGGUGAAGGAGUUAGAUAAGGUGCCGACCAGCAUCUACUACUUCGAGGAUACGGAUACCAUCAUCUUCCAGAAGGGCUUGGGCGAGAUCUACAUAUCGACCGAUGCUGCCUCGUCAUGGGAAGUGAUGAAAGACAAGACCGGGCUGCUGUGGCUGAACAGACAUCACACGCAGAGUGCCUGUAUCGUCGGGGACAAACGCAAGCACUGGGUGACGUACGAUGCGGCAAAGACAUGGCGCGAGUUCGAGGUCCCCGAUAAACUGAUAUUAGGUGAAAGAAUUCAACCGUUUGUUUUUCACGGCAAGGACUCGAACAAGGCCAUUAUCAAUGCUGAAGAGUGCCUGCUCACCGGCUGUAGGCGGGUAACGUACUACACAGUCGAUGGGUUCAAAACAAUUAAGAAACUCUUGCAAGACGAUAGCGGAUGCUACUGGGCGGUCGGACAUCCAAACGUUGGAGAAGGAUUGGAUAUCCGCAAGAAAAUCGAUGACCGAAUUUUCUGCAUCCUGCCUGGGGCCUUGCCUUUUAACUCGAGCCCGCGUCUGGUCUACUCGGAUAAGUUCUUUAGUGACGAUAUGGCCAUCCCGGUCGAGAUCAACGGCCGGGAACUCAGAGGCAUCAAUAAGUUUGCUUUUGUUAAAAAAUUCCUAGUCAUAGCUACUGUGUCGGAUGGAACUUCCGAAGCAGCUAUCUACGUCAGUCGCGAUGCCAUGCAUUGGGACCGUGCGGAGUUUUAUGGCGGUCCAAAGGUUCGAGAGGGGAAAUUCACCUUCCUUGAGUCUACCAACUACAGUAUACAGGUCAAUGUGGCUUCUCGCAGGUCCAAGCUGCCCAUCGGAAGCUUAUACACCUCGGAUUCUACCGGGACCUCCUUCACCAUGAAUGUCGACUCGGUAAAUGAGGAUAAGGAUAUGUAUACCGAUUUCGAACAAGUUUCCGGUAUACAGGGCAUCUUCCUGAUUAACAGGGUGGACAAUGCCGAAGAGGUCAAGACAGGCAAGGCUUCAGAGAAAAAGAUAGUCAGCCGCAUCUCCUUUGACGACGGCAGAACCUUCAAGCCCUUGAAGUACAAGGAUAAGGAGAUCCAUCUCCAUUCCAUUACCCGUCCGUCCAACUCUGGUCGUACCUUUUCAAGCCCGGCUCCGGGGUUGGUUAUGGGGGUUGGGAAUUCAGGGGAUAGGCUCAAGGAGUAUGAACACGGCAAUCUUUACGUCUCUGACGAUGCUGGUAUUACAUGGCGCAAGGCCCUGGAUAAGGCCCAUAAAUACGAGUUUGGAGACCAAGGCUCCCUACUUGUAGCAAUCUUUGAUGAAGCCGGAGGUGAUAAGAUCUAUACCGAUGAGAUCUCGUACUCUCUCAACCAUGGCAAGGAUUGGAAAAAGGUCAAACUCCCCCAUACCUUCCUUCUGCUUGCGGAGGACAAGAACAAGAAAUUCUAUGUCAUGUCCAUAGACUUUAGCGGACUUCACGAGCGCAAGUGUGGGAAGAAUGACUUCGAACGCUGGGCCGCUAGGCUGGAUGAGAAGGGUGAACCGGACUGUCUUAUGGGUCACAAACAGUUUUACAGACGAAGGAAAGCUGAUGCCGAUUGUUUCGUCAAGGAGAAGUUCAAGGAGCCGCUGCCAGAAAUUGAACCUUGCAAGUGCACAAAGGAAGACUUCGAGUGUGCGGCCGGCUUUAAGCGCAACAAUGAUUAUGACUGUGAGCCGGAUGGAAAGCUCAAGCCUUCAGAGGGACAGUGCAAGAAGCCUGAUGAUAAGUUCAUGGGCCCAUCUGGAUACCGCUUGAUUCCUGGCGAUGACUGCAUUAAGAAGGGCGGGGUGGAUCUUGAGAAAGAAGUUGAACGAGCCUGCAAGGAAACCUCAAAGGGCCCCAUCAGUGGUAAAAUCGCCGUCGAAGCGACCCCCUUCGAAACAGAAGGUUUCCAAUACCGCUACCUAGAACGUAGUGAUACCAGUUCUGGUGACGACGAGACCGUCAUUUUCAAAACGGAUAAAGGGGAAAUAUUCGUCUCCAAGGACCAUGGUAAAAGCUGGGGACGUGGCAAGUUCAAAGAACCCAUCCUUGAAUUUAUGCCCCAUAAAUACGACAAGGAUGUUAUAUAUCUUCUUACGGGAAGCAAAAAGGCAUAUUGGAGUAUCGAUAGAGGGCAUUCUUUCCAUGCGUUUGAAGCUAAAAUGCCUUUUACUCGAACACUUGGUUCGCUACCCCUAUUUUUCCAUCCGGACCGCCCCGACUGGCUUAUUUGGAUAGGUGGAGAGGGUUGUUCCGGUAAAAAGUGCAACGAUGUGGCCUAUUAUUCGAAAAACCGUGGAGAUGAAUGGGAGCUGCUGUUGCGUGGCGUGAACAAAUGUAUGUUUGUCGGCAAAGAGGGCGAACUUACCAAUGAUGAUCUUAUAUUCUGCUCGCAGCACGAAGGUGAAGAUCCACACAAGGAUAUGCGACUCGUGUCGAGUGAUACCAUGUUUUCCAAGAAAACUUCCAUUCAUUUUGAUGGUAAACCUAUUGCUGGAUUCACGAAGAUGUCCGAAUUCAUUGUCGUUGCUACCAAAAAUGGUUCAGAGCUUCAAUCAUUUACCAGCGUUGACGGCAAGACGUUUGCACACGCCGCAUUCCCGCCGAAUUUCCAUGUUGAUUUUGAGCAUGCAUACACCGUCUUGGAUAGCUCAACUCACUCAGUCUUUCUACAUGUUACCGAGCAUGCUGCCAGGGGCCAUGAGUUUGGCAGCAUUCUCAAGAGCAACAGCAACGGCACAUCCUAUGUCCUUAGUCUUAAUGGAGCCAACCGAAACGUGAAAGAUUACGUUGAUUUUGAAAAAAUUCAAGUCGUCGAGGGUGUCGCUCUGGGAAAUGUAGUGUUCAAUACCGAAGAAGUCAAGAAGAAGAAUGAGGAAAAGAAAUUUAGAUCCAUGAUUACCCAUAAUGAUGCUUCAGAGUGGGCACUCCUACCUCCUCCUAAGAAGGACGUCGAUGGACAUAGUUUCGGCUGCAAGGUCACAGACAAGGGAACAAAUGAUUGUGCCCUACACCUUCAUGGGUAUACUGAACGCCGCGACAAUCGGGAUUCCAUGUCCUCUGGCUCCGCUGUUGGACUCAUUAUAGGCGUCGGGAACGUAGGUUCCCAUUUGACGGCCAGGGCUGAAAGCGAUACCUUCAUGAGCCGAGAUGCCGGUAUAACUUGGCACCAGAUUAGAAAGGGCCGCUAUCAGUGGGAAUUUGGUGACCAGGGGUCAAUCAUUGUCAUCGUUGCGGAAGGGAAGCCUACCAAGGUCCUUUCCUAUACGCUUGAUGAGGGCGAGACCUGGACAGACUUCGAAUUCACCGAUGCCGAGGUAACGGUUGAGGAUAUCUCCACUGUUCCAUCAGACACGUCAAAGAACUUCCUGCUUUGGACUAAAAAAGGGUCCACGACAGACCUUGUUGUUUACAACAUCGAUUUUUCCGGCCUGAAGGAGAGAGAGAGGCAAUGUGUGUUGAAAAAGGACGCACCUGAGGCUGAUGACUAUUAUCUCUGGUCCCCUAAGCAUCCGAUGCAGAAGGACAACUGCCUAUUUGGCCAUGUUUCACUGUAUCAUCGCAAAAAGCCCGAUGCCAAGUGCUACAACGGCCCUAGGCUUGAUAGACUGAGCAGCGAGAAGAAGAAUUGCGAGUGUACCCGUCAAGACUAUGAGUGGUAUGUAUACGCACAGAGUCAACGAAUAUUUCUGAUACUAAUCGCUUCUGCUAGUGACUAUAACUAUGAACGACAAACGGACGGAUCCUGCGCCUUGGUAAAGGGCUUGAAGCCUGCAGACCCUAUGCAGAUCUGCAAGGCUGAUCCGGACGCGGUAGAAUACUUUGAACCGACUGGGUAUCGAAAGCUCCCUGUGAGCACCUGUGAAGGCGGCGUCCAGCUCGACCACAUCGUCGCCCGCCCUUGCCCCAACAAGAAAAAGGAAUUCGAGAAGAAACACCCUGGUAUCAGUGGCCUUGGCCUAUUCCUUGCUAUCUUCUUCCCUCUCGCGACCGCAGCCGCAGUGGGAUACUGGGCCUUCUCCAAAUGGGAUGGCAAGUUUGGCCGUAUACGCCUUGGCGAAUCACAGCCAGAGUCCAUCUUUUCCGGGGAUUCUCCCCUCAUCGCUAUCCCCGUCACCAUUGUGGCCGGAACUGUUGCCGUAAUCACUGCCUUGCCUCUCCUGUUUUCUAGCCUCUGGCGAAGCGUACGGGGAUACACUCGCUUACCUGGGCGGUGGAGACAGAGGCCAUAUGCUUCGCGAGGCGCCUUUGCAGCCCGUAGAGGCGAUUAUGUUGGUGUUGUUGAUGAUGAGGACGAACUUUUAGGAGCUGAAGAGUUUGAAGGAGACGAAGAGGACGAAGUGUAA